AUGUAUGUGAAAUGGUUUGAUACAGUAAUGUAAUACUGUCAGAUUUUAGUGUAUUGAGUGAAUGUCAAAUUUUUACAUUUUUUAAAUUCCCGCCGGUUUCGUCCCCCGUACGUCCCGACGCUCGCAGGGAGCGGAACCUGGAAGACGGAUGCCAGCAUCAGCCGGAGGAGAUGGAUGGGGAUGCUGCAGGGGGAACAUUGCUGGAGCGCAGGACAAGGUAAGUGCUGGAGGGAUCCCAGAGCAACCAUGCAGUGUAAUCCUGAGUGUAACUCGGGGUUACGGCUUCUGCUACACUCGGGAAUACCGCCAGGGGGGU